UUACACAGAGAGUGCAUUACUCACAGCACCGAGAUACGGAUGCUGAUAAAAAGGGGUUGGAAACUUGGAAUAUAGACUAAUUUAAAGGUACAAGUUCAACAUUUAGCUGGUUGUUGUGAAACUCAAGAAAUGCAUGGGACUUGUUUACAGGAAAACUGAGACAACUCCGUUGAAAACUGAACGAAACAGGAAUUGAAAGACUUUGAUUAUAUAAAGUGAACUGACAGACUUACAUCACAUGUUGGAGGUUAAGCGGAGCGUAGCUGUGUAAACAACAAUGGGGAGGCGAUUAAACCAGUUUGGUCUCCUGUUAUGGAAGAACUUUAUUCUUCAGUUUCGGAGGCCAAUUGGAACAACCUUUGAGAUUUUGGUCCCCAUAGCCUGUGCAUCACUCCUUCUAUUGGCAAGGAACCUGAUCAAAAUUGAUGAGAAGUGUUUCACUACUUUUGACGAGGAAUUUGUGGAUACUGGCCAUGGCUUCAGUCUGGAUGAUCUAAGUACGAUAGAAGGAUGUAUAGCAAAUGGAACAUCAUGUCCAGCCAUUGCUUUCUAUCCCAACAACACUGUCACCUUUCCAAUUAUGGAGCUGGUGUCUGGGAUUUCGGGGUUCCCUCUUUCAACAAGGAACUUCUCUUCUGCCUCCGAAAUGGGUGCCAUAGUGACGGAGGGGGAUCUUGAGUAUUAUGCAGCUGUGGAGUUUGACAUGGAUUACGAUGCUACAGAGAUACCUACGGUAAUGAAGUACACCAUUCGUCUACCCCAUGACAUUGCAUCCUUUGGCUCCUGGUUCACUGAGCUCAACAUCUUUCCAUGGCUUGGUCUUGGUCCAUCUAGAAUCAACAACUACAAGAAGCGGUUCAUAUUGAUUCAAAAUAUCAUUGACCGGGUAGUGAUUGCUGCUCAAGCAUUUGUCUAUACUUCCAAUCCUGUAGUGUUCAAUGCUGCACAGAACAUGGAAUAUGGCAUGCAACAAUUCCCCUAUCCAGCCUACACAGAUGAUCGGUUCAUCAUAUCUAUCGAGAGCCUGAUGCCUCUUCUCUUGUUCUUAAGUUUCAUCUACGGUGCAGGAUCCAUUACAAGGGAACUGACGUUUGAGAAAGAAUGUCGUCUGAAGGAGAGUAUGAAGAUGAUGGGAUUAGCUAACUGGAUGCAUUGGCUUGCUUGGUUCAUCAAGUAUUUUGUCUAUCUUCUCAUCCCAACAAUCCUCAUUCUCGUUAUAGUUGUGGUGGGUAACAUUUUCCCCAACUCUAGCAUUGUUAUCCUCCUGAUCUACUUUGUCUUGUGGAUGGUAGCGACCAUUGCUUGGAGCUUCCUCGUCUCAUGUUUCUUCUCGCGUGCUCGAUUGGGUCUGAUCUUUGGCAUGGUUCUUUGGUUCCUAAACUACCUGCCCAUGUUCUUCCUGGACUUCAAGUCUUCAUCCGAUGCUACCAAGACAGCAGUGUGUCUCCUCUCCAACACCUGUAUGGGUGAAGGAGUCUUGGUCCUAGCUCGCUAUGAGCUCAAGGGUGAAGGGGCCCAGUUCUCCAACAUCGGCGAGAGUCCAUCCGAGGGUAGCACCUUCUCCAUGGGAUCCGUCUUUGGGAUGCUCAUCCUCGAUACAGUCCUCUACCUGCUCAUCACAUGGUACGUUGAAGGAGUCUACCCAGGGACCUACGGUAUCCCGAAACCAUUCUACUUUCCUUUCCAACCCUCCUACUGGUGUGGGUAUAAGCCAACUAAGGUAGAUGUUAACCCUGAUGGUGAUGAUGUCGUUGAGGGUCCUGGCCAAACACAGCCUGCCCAUGCUAACCAUGAGGAUGAACCUACCAAUCUAGAUGCAGGCAUCACAAUAUCAAACCUCACCAAAGUCUACAAGAGCUCUGUAGGCAGCAAACUAGCAGUUGACAACCUCUCAGUGUCCAUGUUCAAGGGUCAGAUCACUGCCCUCCUCGGCCACAAUGGGGCCGGCAAGACCACAACAAUGUCCAUCUUGACCGGUCUCUACACACCCUCGUCUGGCAAGGCUCUGGUCAAUGGUCACUCUAUACUGGACGACAUGGAAGGUGUUAGACAGAGCCUGGGACUGUGUCCUCAGCACAAUGUUCUCUUUGAUCGAUUGACCGUCAAGGAACAUCUGAAGUUCUUCAUUCGAUUGAAGGGCAAGUCAGGUCCUGAUGCUGAUGCAGAGAUAAACCAGAUGAUAGAAGACCUCCAACUGGUUGACAAAACAAACACACUGUCUACCAAGCUGUCAGGCGGAAUGAAGAGGAAGCUCAGCUGUGCUAUAGCCCUGAUCGGUGGUUCUGAGAUCGUCAUCCUAGAUGAGCCUACGUCUGGAAUGGAUCCCUAUGCUCGCAGGGCUACCUGGGAUCUCCUGCUCAAAUACAAGGCUGGACGUACAAUGGUCCUCACCACCCACUUCAUGGAUGAAGCUGAUCUGCUUGGUGACAGGAUAGCCAUCAUGGCCGACGGACAACUGAGAGCAAGCGGGAGCUCCCUCUUCCUGAAGAACAGAUUUGGUAUUGGCUAUCACCUGACCCUCGUCCAGAAUGAGAAGGUUGAUAUGAACAGUAUCCAGCAUAUGAUCAAGAACCACAUCCCAAAUGCAUCCUUAGAGAGCAGGGUCGGAUCAGAGAUUGAUUACAUCCUACCUCGUGAGAGCUCAUCAACAUUCAAGGAUCUCUUCACUCAGCUAGAAAAUGAGCGAGGUCCUCUAGGCAUAGACAGCUUUGGUGUGUCAGUCACCACAAUGGAAGAAGUGUUCAUGAAGGUGGGUGAGAUGGUCGACGAGGAAGAAGCCAACGGCGGAGGGAUGAUGAGGCGUCGGUCAAGCCUCAUCCCACCCCCUCGACCCGCCCAAUCGGACCCUGUGAUCUAUACCAAUGGUGAAGCAGGGGUCAAGGAUCCUAAUGUCAAGAUCAGUCUGUUUGGCAUCAACUCUGGGCAGAGUGCUCUGGUGACUGGCAUAUUCCUCAAGUUCCUUCAGUUCAAGGCUAUCUUCAUCAAGCGCUUCCUGUGUGCCCUCCGGGACAAGAAGUCUGUCAUCACCCAAUUCAUUCUCCCCAUCGUCUUCGUCAUCCUGGGUAUCGUCCUUCUCAAGACAUCCAGUGACCCGACCGACGAUAGGGCCCGCCUCCUCAACCUCAAGAACAUAUCUGAAUACGCUCCAUCAGGAUCCGCCAAGGUCUUCUACGCUGACCUCACAGGAAGUGAACACUUUGAGUAUCUUGAAGCUCUGAUGGAAUCCCUAACGGUUAAUCCAGUCAACAUCACAUCCGACCUGAUGAACGCCAUGGAUGAUAAUGCAGGGAACUUGAUCAAUGGAGUUAGUAGGACCUCCAAUUCAGAGUGCUGUAACUACACCAACAUGGUCCUCAGUGAAUACUGCCAGGAAUAUUUGUACAAUGAUGGUGCUGGAAGAACUGUAUGUGAUGAUGUCACAACAUUUGGUUACUACAACUGUCCAACCUGUGUUGCUGAUACUGAUGAGGAUGUAACGGAUUGUUCUGUCGGAGCCAAUUCCUCUACCGUCACCACGGAUACCCUCUACCUCUCUAACUACAUCCUGGGUAUUGCAGACACACAGAACUUCUUCUACGACAAUGUGGCCUCCUACAUACUAUCCACUACCCCUGGGGGUAACACCAAGCUAACCAUUGGAUACAGUAAUCAGGGAUUGCAUAUUCCUGCUGAAGCUCUCAAUGGUGCUGCAAACAUCAUGCUCAAAUACUUCACCAAUGACAGCUUUGCCAUAGAGACUAUCAACUACCCUCUACCUAGGAAUGCACAGAGUCAGGAAGAUGCAGCCGUUGCAUCCACGGAAGUGUUCUAUUUUGCUCUCCUUCUGCUGUUCGGUCUGGCUUUCCUUACUGCUAGCUUCAUCCUUUUCAUUGUCAAUGAGAAGCAAACCAAGUCCAAGCACCUGCAGUUUGUGAGUGGCUUGGACACGAUCACCUACUGGCUUUCCAACUACUGCUGGGACGUCAUCAACUAUCUCUUCAUCUGGAUCAUCAUCAUCAUCUUGGUAGCAGCUAGCAGUGUAGACGCCUACACGGGGGAAAACCUGGACAGCUUUGUGGUUGUUCUGCUCCUGUUUGGAUUAGCAGCCAUCUCUUUUGUGUACCUCUUCUCCCUGCUCUUCAACUCAUCUGUGAUUGCCUAUGCCUUGACAGCGUUCGCUCUCUCCCUCAUUGGCAUGGGUUCUCUUAUAGCAGUCUUCAUUCUUGAGAUCCUGGAGGAAGACUCGGCAGCUAAGUACACAGAUUACAUCUUCAAUCUGCUACCAACUCAUGCCCUGGCUCGAUCUAUCAUGUUCAUUGCUACCAAUGAUGCAAUCCGGACCAGUUGUGAGAGCUCAAAGCUGGCUCGAGAGCAGUGUGCCAAUAGUAAUGUGUCCUAUGCUUUGAAUAACUUGGAUUGGAAGCAGCCUGGUAUUGGAUUGAACUGUACCUACCUUGCCUGUGAGGCUAUCAUCUAUCUACUACUCACCAUCAUAAUAGAGCUUGGUUUUGGUUACUCCUGCUGUGUUUCAAAUUACUUCAAGGACUCUGGAUUGCCCCAGGAUCCAGAUGUAGCAGAGGAGAAGAUUUUGGUUGAUAACACUGAUCCACAUGACAGCAAGUAUGCAGUUAUUAUCAAGAACCUAGCCAAGGUUUACCGUGGGAAACGCACACCAGCAGUAGACAAACUCUCUGUUACCAUCCCGAAAGGAGAAUGCUUUGGAUUACUAGGAGUUAAUGGUGCUGGAAAGACAACGACCUUUGGCAUGCUAACUGGUGAUGUAAGGAUGUCAGCCGGUACAGCUUACAUGGGAGGCUAUGAUAUACAGACACAAAGAAGAAAGGUGCAACAGCGAAUCGGUUAUUGCCCCCAGUUUGAUGCCCUAGUGGAGCGGCUGACCGGCCGUGAGGUCCUCAUGUUGUUUGCUCGUCUGAGGGGAAUCCCCAGCAAUCAAAUGAUAUCUGUGGUAGAUCAUACCAUCGACCAUCUCAACCUAAACAAGUGGCAGGACAAACUGUGUGGCACCUACAGUGGUGGAAAUAAGAGGAAAUUGAGUACAGCAGUGGCUCUGGUUGGAAACCCACCUAUCGUCCUACUUGAUGAACCAACGUCUGGUAUGGAUCCCAAGGCUCGUCGUUAUCUCUGGGACUCUCUGACAUCCAUCAUGGAAGGGGGACGCUCUAUUAUCCUUACCUCACACAGCAUGGAAGAGUGUGAAGCUCUAUGUACCAGACUGGCUAUCAUGGUCAAUGGACAAUUCAAGUGUCUAGGAAGCACACAGCAUCUGAAGAGCAGAUUUGGUACUGGUUACACUCUCAUCAUUAAGACCAGUACACCAGCAUUGAUUGCACCCACCAAAGCUUUUGUGGCAGAAGGAUUCGAGGGUGCAGUCUUACUUGAACAACAUCAGCAAUUGGUGCACUACCAAGUGGACAGUGGAACCACCAACUGGUCCUUUAUCUUUGGUCUCUUAGAGGAGAACAAAGAGAGGCUAGGUAUCGUAGACUACAGCGUCAGUCAGACCACGUUAGAACAGGUCUUCAUCAACUUUGCAAAGGAUCAACAUGUAGAUCCGCGUGCCAAGCCUGAAUAA